AUGAACAGCAAUGAUGCAAAGGAGUAUUUAUCGAGGAGAGAGAUUCCUCAGUUAUUUGAGGGACUUUUGAAUGGACUAAUGUAUAACAGACCAGAUGAUCCAGUUGAUUACUUGGAAAAUUGUUUACAAAAAGUGAAAGAAUUGGGAGGGUCUGAAAAAGCACGAUGGGACUCAUUUGUAGGUCCAGACAAAAGAAACCUACCUCCUCUCAAUGGUGGACAAAGUAGAAGGUCGUUUUUCCGAAAUGUGUUGCCAGAAAGCUGUAACUUUCCAUAUCGUCGCUAUGAUCGUUUACCACCAAUUCAUCAGUUCUCUAUUGAAAGUGACACUGACCUCUCGGAAACUGCAGAACUGAUUGAAGAAUAUGAAGUUUUUGAUCCUUCAAGACCUCACCCAAAAAUCAUACUUGUCAUAGGUGGACCUGGCAGUGGAAAAGGCACCCAGAGCCUAAAAAUAGCCGAACGUUAUGGAUUUGAAUACAUAUCUGUGGGUGAACUGUUAAGAAAGAAGAUUCACAACACAAGCAGCAAUAGAAAAUGGAGCCUAAUUGCAAAGAUAAUAACAAAUGGCGAAUUAGCACCGCAGGAAACAACUAUUACCGAAAUCAAACAAAAACUAAUGCAAAUCCCAGACUCAGAGGGCAUUGUUAUAGAUGGAUUUCCUCGAGAUGUUUCUCAAGCACUGUCAUUCGAGGAUCAAAUCUGCACCCCAGAUUUAGUGGUGUUUCUGGCUUGUGCAAAUCACAGAUUGAAGGAACGCUUACAAAACCGUGCAGAGCAGCAGGGACGACCAGAUGAUAACAUAAAAGCUAUCCAGAGAAGAUUAAUGAAUUUUAAGCAGAAUGCUGUUCCACUGGUCAACUUCUUCCAAGAAAAGGGUCUAAUCAUAACGUUUGAUGCUGACAGAGAAGAGGAGGAGGUGUUUUUUGAUAUCAGUGUUGCAGUUGACAAUAAGCUAUUUCCUGCAAAAGAACCUGUGGCAGGACCGAGUGACCUUGACGUAAGUGUUCUAAUGGAUAGUGGGGAGGUUGCUGAUACAGACCUGGAGUUUGAAGAUCAGACUGAUGAAGUGGCAAAUCUUUUUGGAGAUGAUUACCUAAGAGGAUGGAUGUCGGAUCUUCAGAAACUUAAAAUUUUAACAUUGGCGGGUGGCCCUGGAUCUGGAAAAGGAAUUCAAUGUGAAAAAUUAAUUCAGAAAUAUGGAUUCACGCACUUAUCCUUUGGUGACCUAAUGCAGAAUGAGCUGGCAGCACUCUCAGAGCGAGGGAAACUAAUGAAAGAUUUCAUAGAGCAUGGGGAAAUGGUUCCAAUUGAUAUCAUAUUUGAGAUUCUUAAAGAUGCAAUGAUCUCUUACUUUGGAAAUACUAAAGGAUUUAUCUUAGAUGGCUUUCCUUGUGAACUCAAACAGGCAGAAGAAUUUGAGAGCAAGGUUGGUGAUCCAAACAUUGUGCUCUUCCUGGACUGUUCUGCAGAAUCCAUGACCCAACGUCUCAUAAAGAGAAGCAGAAGUAAUCAGCGAAACGACGUGAGUGCUGAGUCCAUCAAGAGGAGACUGCAGACAUUUUACCAGUCAACAGGGCCCAUCCUUGCAUAUUAUGAAGCACAAUCGCUUUUAUGUAAGGUAAAAGCAGAGAGAUCCAUAGAGGAGGUUUUUCUACAAGUCUGCACAUCGGUUGACUCUGUUUUCUAAACAGGAUGGAAUGCAUCUGUUUUGGCAUGUAAAUAGUGUAAAUAUUCUUAUUUCACCAAUACACUCGCAGGGCCACCCUGCCGGAAAUAAUCCAUUAAACAAUUGGAUGAUAUCUCAA